AUGAUAAUGUUCUCUCUCCUAAUUGGAUUUACAAUAUCCCACAAGCCCAUUAAUGUUACAACAAGAAACUAUACAACAAUAGACAAUUUUAAUGAUCUAUUUAAAGCAAUGAGAGACCACUUUGAUUCCAAAAACCUAACACAAGAUGAAUUUAUUAAAGUCACAAAUUCAUCCGCUGCUAACUCAAGUGCUGAUUAUCGUUUACCAGUUGAUUGCAUAGCAAGAGAUCCAAUAGAAUUUUAUCCAGAAAGAUUUGUUACCGCCCCAACUAAUUCUCCAAAUGAUGAACAUCAUUUCACCAUUGAUUUUCUAACUUCCAAAGUUCAUUUGCGCAAUUACACACUUCUAUAUAUCACUCAAAUGAGAUACAUGGUUCAGUACGAAGUUUUAGGCGAAUUAAUGGAAAACCAAUGGGAAAGAAUAGAUUAUCGUGCUGUAGAUUCUAGAAGUAUGGUCAAAAGAUUUUUGGUUAGUGGAAAAACUUAUUACGCUUAUUCUUUUCCUACUACUGCUAACAAAAACUAUUCAAGAUUUAGGUUCAGAAACAUAGGAGUAAAUCAGGGAUUAGGUGUUAACCAGCAAAACGGCUUUUACACAGCCACUACAGCAAAAUUACUUCUAUAUGGUACUCUUUAUCCAGGAAGAAUUGCUCAUUCUCCAAUUAAACUGAAACGGAAAGAACAAAUGUUAUUUAACUUUGCAAUGUUUUCUAGUUUAUAA